AGAAACUCAAACAAACACAAACUUAGGAUGAAUAAAACAAGCAAGGGAGCCGUUUCAAAGGAAUAUCCUACCUACUACUAGUGGUAGAUGAUAGAUCUGUUGCUAAGCGGCAAUCGUAAUUUGCUUCGUGUAUUCACUUUGUUAUAUUGAAUUGGUUGUAUCACAAUGCUCCCUGUGGACUGGUUUUUUGUGGUUGCUGGAGGAAUUGGAGUGAUUCAAUUAAUAGGCUUCUGUUCGUUAGUCAGCAGCUUAUAUGCAGUGACAUUCUUGGCAUUGCUUAGAUAUGUUAUUAUACCUGCGGAUUCUGACAUAGUUCUUUGCUUCUGCAAGCAUUUUGGUAAACCAGUUGAAAGUCUGAAAGGUCAGGUGGUUUGGAUCACUGGGGCAUCAAGUGGCAUUGGAGAGGCUUUAGCAAUUAGACUGGCUAAAGUAGGUGUACGUCUUGCUUUGUCAGCAAGAUCUGUUGAAAAUCUUGAGAGAGUGAAACAAAGAUGCCUAGAAACUGGAGGUGUUACCAAUGAUGAUGUUUUGCUUCUUCCAUUGGAUAUGGUUCAGUAUGACCAACAUCAGCCUGCUUUUGAUGCUGUACUCAAACAUUUUGGAGAGCUUGAUAUCCUUGUGAGCAAUGCUGGUCGCUCCCAGAGAGGCCGUUGGGAGAUGAUUGAUGUGGCUGUAGAUCGAGAAUUAUUUGAGCUUAACGUCUUCUCAUUAAUUGCUCUUUCACGAAUUGCCACUCGCUACUUCCUGAAAAGAGGCCACGGUCACCAUGUAGUCACCUCAAGUACUGCUGGUAAACUUGGAGCCCCUUUGUCAGCCUCAUACACAGGAUCAAAACAUGCCUUGCAGGGUUAUUUUGAAUGCUUACGAAUAGAAAAAGCUGGAUGCGGCUUAGAUAUUACAAUGUUCUGUCCAGGGCCAGUUGAUUCAAACCUUUUGAAAGUUUGCUUCACCGAGCAGAAAGGAGAGGACCUUGGAGAUGUGAAGAGGGGCAAGAAAAUGCCGACUGACCACUGUGCAGACUUGUUUGCAAUUUCUAUUGCUAACAAACUAACUGAAGUCUGGGUGGCCCACCAACCUAUUUUGACCAUGUACUAUAUCAAUCAGUACCUGCCUAUCCUAAUGAAAAACUUUAUGAGAGUACUCCCCAUCAAAUUCAUCAUGAAGCUGCGAGAUGGUCGUACAGAUGUAGUACAAGUAGAUGAAACUGGACCAAAAAAGGAUUAAGCUUGAUGGACCUCCAUAGAAUGCCUCUGCUUCUUCAUUCAUUAUAGAAUGUGGUGCUUUUUGUUGUGAGUGUUACUAGCCAUUUUUAAAAUUUAUGAUAAUUUUUUUAGAUUUGGUUUGUUUUACUGUUUUAUAAUUGUUAUUAUCACAGAAAAUAUAUUCUCAUUUCUGUGUUACUGCUGUAUUGUUUCAUGAAAUUCAAACAUUAUCGAGGUAAGUGCCACACAUUUUGUGUGUGUGAUAUUUUGUUAUUAGACAACUUCAAAUUACAUUGGAGAAAGGGCAAAGCUGAAGACUGGACCAGAUGGAAAUUCAUGGAGGAAAUGCACAAGAGAGAAGCAAGAGUAGAAUUCUUAUCACAUCUGUCCACACGAAGGGAAAAUCUGACAGACAAUACAUCUUGUCAGUUCUGAAUUCUUCAAUAAUUAAUACAGGACAUUCGAAAAAUAGUUUUGGAUAUGUGUUAUCCAGCUAAUGUUUUGGAUACUUGCUACAAAAAACCCUUGAAGAUAUUUGAUGAUAAAAAGAGACAGCAAGACAGAAUUGUGUAAGAACACCUUAUGUUUGCAUUUUUUCACCAGUUUCAAGUCCAUUAAGUCAGUGAAGAUAUUCAUUGCAGAAAUCUUUAUAAAACUAGUCUAUAAAAAACAUGUUUAUAAGAAUUGUCCUUACAGGAGUAGCAAUAUUGUUUUUAAAAUUCCAUGUAUGACUGUGAUUCAUUUUAUUUGGAGAUGACAAGUAAAGAAAUGAAUGUCAGAAUAAAUCAACAUUGAUAUUCAGUUAGGGAUUGCCGAAAGAAUAAUGCUCUUUUUGUACACCUAAGUGAAAAAUCACAUACAAUUGAUUGGUCCCAUAGUAUUAUACAUUAUUAACAAGAUUUAUUUAAUAAUAAUAUCUCAAAAACAUCUUAGAAUCUGCAUUAACAAAUUGAAAUAACAUUGGUUAAAGUUCAGGUCUAUAUGCUCUAGACCCCAUUCUGCACAAGAUGUUGAAAGAUUUAAAUGAGAAAUUGAAGAUUAUCAGUAUAAUUCUUGUUAAUGUUCCUAGCCUCUCCUCUGUUAACCCAAUACUGAGGUAAAUCCAAGACUGCUCUUCCUCACCUGAACAUCAACCCCAAAUAUAAUGACUUCUGUAUGCACUAAAGCACUAAAAUGAAUUUUAGAUAUUUUUUGUAAAACUGUAUUUUUGUUCAAUCUUAUUUUCUAUGUAAUUUCUUUGAGAAUGUCUUAGAAUAAAGACAAAAGCUUUUGCA